AUGGCAUCGCCACCAGACUCUGCAUCUAUUGGAACCAGUUCCCGCUCCAGUUCUGUCCGAAUCACCCGUAAGACAUGUCCCGCCACGUCCAACUCCCCAUCGCCGGAGCCCCAGCAGAACUCAUCUAGGUCGGGCGGCCACUUCGAAGAUAUCGACCUUUCAUCUGAACUUGACGGCCUGCACAUUGACGGUGUUGAGACCUGGGAUACUUUGAGUGGCAUGGCUGCGUUUGGGUUCGAGCAUAACGACUACGAUUUCCCCGGUGAUUCUAUUCCUUUUCCCCGGAUCUCAAUGGAUUACAGCGACGAUGCUCAAGAGCUGUCGGAGCCGGAUACGGCAGCCAAACCUGACGGACCGUUUCAUAAGUGGAUGAGAACCCUACAUCGACGAGCCAAGCAACGCCCUCAACCUAUGAACGCAGACGGCACUCUUCCGUGGAAACUCCUCGACCCGGCUGAUAGUGGCAGUGUGAUGUCCCGCCCCCGGGGCCACAGCCGCCGCUCCCUCGCACACUCCAGGACCGAUCGCAGCAGGAGAGCUUCCUUCACUACGGCAAGAGUCUCCGAAGAUAGUUGUCAUGUGGAAUGGCCGGCCAGCGUCGAUCCCAUGGCAACAGAGCGUGCCCUGCAGCGUCGGCGCAUCUUGGAGGAGCUGAUCAGAACUGAAGAAGGCUACAUUGGGGACAUUCGCUUCCUCAUGAAUGUUUAUAUUACGAUCCUUGCGUCUCUUCCCACGUUGCCCAUGGGGCUAAGGUCAUCUAUCAAUCGAAAUCUCACUGACAUUGUCGAAUUACACGAGGAGCUCCUGGGUGAGCUGCAUCGAGUUGUACCCGAUUCCGAGUACUCGCAGAUGGAUAUUCCGGCAACAGCCAGCAAGCCCACGGGCCGUGGUCACCAGCGAAUGAGGAGUCUUGACUCUGUGCCGGAAGACGAUAAGGCCAUAAGCUGGCUUGAAAUCCCGGGCAUGAUGACCGAUGCUCAGAUUGCCGGCGCCGUUGCGAAAGUGUUCAGCAGAAAGAUGAACCGUUUCUUCAUUUACGAGGAGUACGGCGCCAAGUACGAGCUUAUGAUCAAGGAUGUUGCUUCAGCCCACCGCACGAUGCCUCAAUGGGACACGUAUCAGAGAGGCAUUGAGGCAUUAGCUUCUUCUCUGGGUUCCGUAAACGCCCAUGCUGGCCAGUCGAAGAAGUCUUUGACUAUUGGAGACCUUCUUCCCAUACAACGCAUCUGCAAGUAUCCCCUGCUGUUCGCCGAGCUCCUGAAAUACACACCGGUGGCAGACUGCCCCAACUCCCACAUGGAGGUGGAGAGCGCCCUUUUACGACUACGAGAGGCGACGGCUGAGAUCAACCGUGCAACCAACGACAGUCGAAUGAAAUCCACCCUGGAAAAGACGUGGAUUCUCCAAGACCGACUGGUGUUCCCGGAUCAGCAAUUGGAUGCUGCGUCAAAAAAUCGCAUUCGGUCGUUCGGCCACGUCGAACUUUGUGGUGUGCUGCACAGCUGCUGGCAAACCAAGGAAGGUGCCAAGGGGCAGUACAUGAUCUGCCUACUUUAUCACAAUGUUUUAUGUCUUGCUUCGGCCAGCAAGGUCGACCAAAUUUAUACCAUCCAAGCAUGCAUCAACUUGAACGGCAUCAAGAUUGAGGAGACGGACAACGGAAGAGGCCUCCAGUGCCAUACGGCCCCCUUUUCGUGGAAACUCGUUUUUGAAUGCGACUCCCAAAUGUACGAAAUACUCAUGACCGCCUGCACGCCGCGCGAGCAAGGGGAAUGGCGAAGCAGGCUAUCGGCCCUUGCCAAGAGAGAAGAAGAGCAGCUCGACCUCAACCUGUACAGUUCGUUGUCACUCCCCAUCAGGAGUCUUGGUACAGUGUUUAGAAAACCGGGCACCGUCGCUCGUCGGAUAUCAAUACAUCGCGCUACGACAGUUGGCCCGAAGUCACCUCUAUGUCAAGUCAUUUUGAAGAACACCAGCGUUAUGCGAGAUAACUCAGAGGCAGCGACGAGUUCUUCUAUUAACCGCUCGCAAUCGUUGCUGACGACGACCAACCCCCGCGUACCCGUCAUCGCCCCUCCGCGAGGCGAGAGGGCUCGGCUAGAGGCCCUGAUGGCCGAUAUUUGGAGUCGAGAAGUGCUGCCGUUCCCUAGCAUGACUGGCAGGUCUCGCAGCGAGCACCUCGUGCGAAGUUCAGCCAGCACUAUGAUGCGAAAGUUGAGUGUUGCAAGCAUCGCAAGCUCAUUUGCCAAGAGAUCAAACAGCGUUGCCAGCAUUGGCAAGGUCAUGGUCGAGGACGAGUCGGGCGAUAAGCAAGAGGACGCCCACCAUGGGCCUUCUAUGAGGCUCAACACGACUGAUACGACAGACUUGGAUGUUGAGCACGGUUCUAAUGGCGAAGGAGACAAAGCACCAAGCACCAGACUUGCACAAAUCCACGACGACGUCGAGCUUAAGAGCACGGUCAGCGCUCCGACAACCCCGAUGCUUGGUCCCGCCAGACUCGACGUGCUUGCCGACCCCGUCGAAAGACUCCGGUUGGAUCACAACUAUCCGACUGCGGGGAAUGUUCUACCAUCUAGGCCGAUCGUAUUGCGUACCGCGUCGGGGAACAAUAUACCGCGAGUCCGCCCAAGCCCGGGGUCGUCCAAAAGAUCACCUUGUCCGCCGGAGAUGGACAACCAAACCCGGGCACAGAAGGUUCCCAGGUUGGCCCACAAGUCAUCGAUGCGGUGGGGAAAGGUUGGCACAUUGAACAGAGAUGAUCUGGUGCAGGGCAUCCGAAGUUUCUUUCGAUGA